AUGUUAGACCUUCACGUAUGGGGUUCCGCCUUUGGCCUCCCGUCCAUUGACCCCGAGUGCUUUGCUAUCAUCACAUACCUGCACAGCAGCCUCCCUGUAUCAGCCUGGCGCCUGAUUCCUAGCAACGAUCCUUCCGUCAGCCCGUGUAAUACACUACCAGCACUGUAUCAUGAGGGCGUAUGGGUAUCAGGCUUCGGUCCUAUUGUCGAGUACUUGACUGACAAGUCUAUCGGUGACAAUCUGGAUGCUGGCCUGACCGACAUUCAGCAGGCUGAUCGUGCUGCAUAUGCUGCCUUCUUGUCUGCACACGCGGCUCCCUUGCUGGAUCUUUCACUCUAUGUCUCCGCUGCCAACUGGUCAGCCACAACUCGGCCCGCCUUCAGCACUCUAUUAUCUUUCCCAUUGACAUGGACAGUUCCGCCACUGCUCCGUGCCAAGGCUGUUAAACGUGUUGAGCACCUGGGCUUUGCUGAUAUGGAUACUGACUUUGACCCCAAUGGCGGCCUUCACCUAUCCUCUGGGAGAGAUGCUUUACCAGAGACAUUCCGCAAGCACAUUCCUGUGAGGACAAAGAAGACUAUUCAUGAAGAAAUGACCCCUGAACAAGCAGUUCUUAUACGGUUAUAUGGAAUCACAGAAGACUGCCUCACUGUGUUAGACGACUUCCUUGACGGAGGACCCGAGGAGAAGAUGCAUGGUUUCUUCAAUGGUACAGGAAUGUCAUCUUUGGACUGCUUGGCGUUUGGCUAUCUCGCGUUGAUGCGUGAUGCUCCCGUACCAAGAUCUUUCCUAAAAGAUUGGCUCAUGAAAAAGACACCUCGGCUGUCCACGUUUGUUGACAGGAUGAAGACAAGAUGUCUGGACAAGUCCAAACUCUUGCCAUGGGUUGAGCCUGGUAAUAACACCGUGUUCCGCAUUGGAAGCCGAACUCUUGACAGCAUCCUUCACAACGUUCCUGGUCUGGGCGACGAGUAUGCGACCGAAGUACGAAGACGUGCUGAAGGAGGUAUCACUGGCAUUGAUGCCAGAUCCCUCAUGUUGGCGUUGAGUCUUCUUGCCACAGGUGCAGCUCUUGGCUAUGGCUACCACACAUACAAGGCACUACAGCCAUUCGGAUCACGGAUACAAGUGUGGCAUUCACACAAAAACUAUUCCAAACUCAGCGAGUUUGGUGCCCUGGGUUCCAUGUUAGGCAGUGUAUUAGGAGGACCAGUGGAAGCACCUAGACCUUCUCAUCCGUCAAACCAGGCUCGGUUCGUUGAGACUGAUACAGACGUGGACUAG